CAGUUGCUUUCUGUCCUUCAUCUUCCAGAUUAGACAAGCCCUGGAUGUAUGAUGCUGCUUAUUUCUGCACACUAUCCAUCCUACUAAUUGUCUUAAAAACUGGACCGGACUGAGGCAAGAAGAACUAACCAGUCAGCGGUGUAUGACCAGGAUGGACCGAAAGGACUCAACUUCAUCCCGGGGAGGAUUACGUCGACUGAGCUCCACGCUGACGUCUCAUCACUUGGCAAUGGGAACUUUGUCGCAGGAUUAGGGCUCAGCAGGAGGCAGCAGAUGAAAGUUCACAAUGGCCCGAAAGAUAAAAGUUCCGGACUGAUGGGAGCCUCUCCAAGGUCAUCCAGUAGACCACCCACCUCUAUUUCUACUUUCUUCUCGGGAUUUCUAUGGCUUCUCUCCACCAUGUCGACCAUCGCACAAGCUUGCCCGAAAAGCUGCCAUUGCGCCGACAGGAACGGUGCUGUGGUUCAGUGUACCUCACGUAACCUGGAGAACAUCCCCUCAAAUCUGCCCCAGAACACCGUGGUUCUCCUGCUCUCCUCCAACCGGAUCCGACACGUCCCCAAGGAGGCCUUCGUGGACCUCCACCGCCUCAGGGACCUGGACCUUUCCCACAACCUCAUUGAAAGUUUGGAGGUCGGCGCCUUCCAGGGAAAUUCGGAGGGCUUGAGGACGUUGGACCUUUCAAACAACCACCUCAGCAGCCUGCCUAAGGAAACCUUCUCCAAACUCCACGCCCGGGUGCGCUUGUCCAACAAUCCCUGGCACUGCGAGUGCUCUUUGCAGGAGAUACUGAGCGAGCUGAGACUCGACCCGGAGACGGUCAACGAGGUGAACUGCUACACGUCGGUGCAGGAGGAGUACGUGGGGCGGCCGGUGAUCCAGGUUCUAGACUCAGGUAUCAACUUCUGCAACUUCCACCAGAAGACGACGGACGUGGCAAUGUUUGUGGCCAUGUUCUGCUGGUUCUCCAUGGUGACCGCUUACAUCAUCUACUACAUCCGGCACAACCAGGAGGAUGCUAGAAGGCACAUGGAGUACCUCAAGUCCCUGCCCAGCAGCUCCCAUAUCAGCAAGGACUUUGAUACCGCCAGCAGUGUGUUUUAAAAAAGUUCUACCUAUGAAUAUAGAUGAGUGUGUACCGAUGCAUAUAGAUGAAGGCCAAGUAGUGAAUAUGUUUGUGGCUUAGAUGUAAGCGAUAAAAACCUACAGUUGUACUUUGCAUAUGUCAUGAGUCGCAGUCGGGGAGUAGCUAAAAUAAUGCAUUGUGCCCAAAAGAGCAAACGUUUUGAAUUGCAGCCAAUUUUUCUCCAGGCUUCAUUUAAUCCAGGGGUCCCCAAACCAAACUACUGUUUGCUCUUCAGGGGAUUUUAUAAAAUCCCCUGAAGAGCAGAAAAACCUGCAAAACUGGUUUGUAUCAAUCAAUCAAUCAAUCAAUGUUUAUUUAUAUAGCCCCAAAUCACAAAUGUCUCAAAGGACUGCACAAAUCAUUACGACUACAACAUCCUCGGAAGAACCCACAAAAGAACCCACAAAAGGGCAAGGAAAACUCACACCCAGUGGGCAGGGAGAAUUCACAUCCAGUGGGACGCCAGUGACAAUGCUGACUAUGAGAAACCUUGGAGAGGACCUCAGAUGUGGGCAACCCCCCCCCCCCCCUCUAGGGGACCGAAAGCAAUGGAUGUCGAGCGGGUCUAACAUGAUACUGUGAAAGUUCAAUCCAUAGUGGCUCCAAGACAGCAGUGAGAGUCCCGUCCACAGGAAACCAUCUCAAGCGGAUCAGCAGCGUAGAGAUGUCCCCAACCGAUACAGGCGAGCGGUCCAUCCUGGGUCCCGACGAGCGGUCCAUCCUGGGUCUCGACUCUGGACAGUCAGUACUUCAUCCAUGGUCAUCGGACCGGACCCCCUCCACAAGGGAGGGAUGAAAUAGCCUCUGUGUUAUUCUGAUCUGGGUAGGAUCUUCAGCUCUCACUGGAUCGGUGAAGCGACUGGGAUGAGAAUCAGCACCUCCAAGUCCGAGUCCAUGGUUCUCAACCCGGAAAAGGAUGGAAUUCCAUCUCCAGGGUCGGGGAGGAGACCCUGCCCCAAGUGGAGGAGUUGAAGUACCUAGGAGUCUUGUUCACGAGUGAGAGGAAAGUGGAUCGUGAGAUCGACAGGCGGAUCGGUGCGGCUUCUCCAGUAAUGCGGACGCUGUAUCGAUCCGUUGUAGUGAAGAAGGAGCUGAGCCGGAAGGCAAAGCUCUCAAUUUACCGCUCGAUCUAUGGUCAUGAGCUUUGGGUUAUGACCGAAAGGACAAGUUCACGGGUACAAGCGGCCGAAAUUAGCGGGGCUCUCCCUUAGAGUUUGAUUGAUUGAUUGACACUCUUAUUAGUAGAUUGCACAGUACAGUACAUAUUCCGUACAAUUGACCAUUAAAUGGUAACACCCGAAUACGUUUUUCAACUUGUUUAAGUCGGGGUCCACGUAGAUAGACAUGGAGAGGAGCCAGAUGAGCUGGUUCGGGCAUCUGGUCAGGAUGCCACCCGAACGCCUCCCUAGGGAGGUGUUUAGGGCAUGUUCGACCGGUAGGAGGCCACGGGGAAGACCCAGGACACGUUGGGAAGACUAUGUCUCCCGGCUGGCCUGGGAACGCCUCGGGAUCCCCCGGGAAGAGCUGGGCGAAGUGGCUGGGGAGAGGAAAGUCUGGGCUUCCCUGCUUAGGCUGCUGCCCCCGUGACCCAACCUCGGAUAAGCGGAAGAAGAUGGAUGAAAGGAAUCUUUAAAUCCACCAAAUUAGUCUCAAUAUCCUGUUAUUUAAAUGUGAUUAAAAGGUUGCAUCUUGAAGAUCUGCGAUUAUUUCAUACAUACAUACAGAUGUGAGUCCGAGUCCAUGGUUCUCGCCCGGAAAAGGGUGGAGUGCCAUCUCCGGGUUGGGGAGGAGACCCUGCCCCAAGUGGAGGAGUUCAAGUACCUAGGAGUCUUGUUCACGAGUGAGAGGAAAGUGGAUCGUGAGGUCGACAGGCGGAUCGGUGCGGCUUCUCCAGUAAUGCGGACGCUGUAUCGAUCCGUUGUAGUGAAGAAGGAGCUGAGCUGGAAGGCAAAGCUCUCAAUUUACCGCACGAUCUAUGGUCAUGAGCUUUGGGUUAUGACCGAAAGGACAAGAUCACAGGUACAAGCGGCCGAAAUUAGUUUCUUCCACCGGGUGGCGGGGCUCUCCCUUAGAGUUUGAUUGAUUGAUUGACACUCUUAUUCGUAGAUUGCACAGUACAGUACAUAUUCCGUACAAUUGACCACUAAAUGGUAACACCCGAAUAC